AUGGAAGUUAACGGCUGGUCCUAUCCAGCAAUGGAUCAAAAGAUUGGAGAAGAAAUGCAGCCAAAUGCUAAUGUCCAAAUAAAUCAACAGAAUUUAAAUUAUUACAUGGAACAACAAGAAUUAAAUAGUCAAGCAUCACCGAGUCUCUUGGAAACUAUUUUACGUCAUGGAAAGAAUGCAGUUCAGGAUGGAUAUUCAAAUUCGUGUGCUGACUCUGUUUCGCCGCAAAGCAACGAUACUACAUCAUUGACAGAGGGAUGCUUAGGACUUCGAGAAGCUAUUGUGCCAAUGGGAUAUGAACAAUAUCUCGCCCAUACGCAGCCACAGGAUUACGUUCAUCCGAUGAUAACAUCCACCCCUUCGACAUCCACGCAACGACACCAAUACUCUGCAUUAAUGACCGCGGACGCAACCAGAGGACAAAGUAAACGUACGAGGCAAACCUAUUCGCGUUUUCAAACCCUUGAAUUGGAAAAAGAAUUUUAUUCUUCACGUUAUUUAUCCAGAAAACGUCGUAUGGAAAUGGCUGAUUUUUUAUCUUUAACGGAAAGACAAAUUAAAAUUUGGUACCAGAAUAGACGGAUGAAAGCUAAGAAGGAAGGACAAACUGCUAUUAAUCAAACGAGUAAAACAAUAUUAAACAAUAGUGUCUCAUCUACUCGAAGUGGAUCAAGUACUGUUCGAUCGCAGGUCAAUCGAGUAGCAAGUUUAUCAGCUCCAGUUUCAUCUGCGUCAAGAGCCACGGUUACUAAUUAUGAGCAACAAUCUAUACCACAACAAUACGGACCACAAAAUCACCAACAUUAUCAACAAAUUUAUCAACAGCAUUAUCAACAAUACAAUUAUCAGUAUAAUGAACAAUACAAUCAACAGUAUUAUGAACAACAUUCGUCAACAGCCAUUAUAACGCAGCGCAAUUUACACAAUCCUUAUCUUGCAUAUCAUAAUAUAAAUCAUACAAUACCUAAUACUAAUAACAUACAAUACCUUCACCAACAACAACAUCAACUUAAUCAUUACGAUAACAUUCAUCAUGACGAUAGAAGAAAUAACGAAAGUAGCUCUUCAAUAAAUCCCUUACCGCAAUAAUGCCUCGGUUAGAAGCAGGAUUUUAGAGGCCACCGAAUUUUUAUAAUAGACGAUUUGGAUAACAUGAUAAAUGUCUUUAUACCGACGGAGGUUUUCGGUAAAUGAUGAUAUAACAACAAGCCCAUGGAUGUCAUUUUCGAAGAUUGGCAUAAAAAUUUCUGUAUAUAACUGGACUAGAAUGAUUAAUGAUGCGUUGAAUGUUCGCUCAUGUGGUGACCAAAGCUACGGGGAUUCCAAACGGCCGAUCGAGAUGGACACGCGCGUCCUUUGACGUAGACACAUCGACACGUAAACGAUGCAACGAUCUAGUUUCUUAGUGUAUGCGUAUGCAUAUAUAGGAGAGUCUACUAGUCUCAGUGAAGAGAUGUCCUAUCUAGUCCAGAAUAUACGAUAAUAAAUAAUAAUCUACUAAGGGCGAUACUUGUGGGAGAAUUGAGGGUUCUGCUUGGAGGGCGAGUCGCAAAUGAUUCCGAAUACUGACUUCAUUUUCAAUGGAUGGAUAACCGUUGCCUUAUUUCAGAGAUCUGAACGAAAUAACCAAAAAAAGAUCAUUUUUCUUAUCGUUUUAUUGUACACAUAUAUGCAUUUUUCAUAGAUUGUAAUAAUAAUUGAAUAGAAAAUACUAAAAGAGAAAAUAUUGACAAAUUCGAUAAAAAUAAAUAAAUUUUACAGUGAUAAUAUUAAUAAAAAAUAAACGUGGA